AUGACUUCGUCCGUGUUUUACAAGUUCAAGUCUCAGAAGGAGCCCUCGCGUGUCGAGUUUGAUGGAACGGGAAUCUCGGUGUUUGAACUCAAGCGCGACAUAAUCAAAUUGAGUGGCCUGGGAGAUGGCACCGACUUUGAUUUUGCCAUUUACGCCGAGGAUGGAACCGAAGAAUAUGAGGACGAUCUCGCCAUCAUUCCUCGGUCAACAACCGUCAUCGCCAGGCGUCUACCGCCUGUCAAGCCCGGCGCUGGGCGUGCCGCAAGAUAUGUCUCGGGCAAGAUGCCGCAUAGUGCGAAGAAUUCUUCCAGACGCGAAGCGACAGCAAAGACUGCCAAGCCCUCUACCCAAGGCCUAGCACAAAUGAGCAAUGCUCUCACGGAAGAGGAGAAAUUGGCGGCCAUGUUCCAGGUCCAGUCGGACCAGUGGACUGCGCAGCAGGAGGAAAUGGCGAACCAGGCACCUGUAUACAAGCCUGGAGCAAAGAAACCUGUCAAUGUACCAGACCACGAGCCGCCAAAGGGCUAUGUUUGCUAUCGAUGCGGUCAAAUAGGACAUUGGAUACAAGUUUGCCCUACCAACGACAAUCCAGAAUUCGAUAACCGUCCUAGAGUCAAGCGGACGACGGGCAUUCCUCGCUCUUUCUUGAAGACGGUGGAUAAGGCAACGCUUCAGCAAGGGGAUGGCGAGGAUGGAGUCAAGCCCCCCGCAGGUGUCAUGGUAAAUGCAGAUGGAGAUUAUGUCAUUGCAGAGCCUGACAAGGCAUCGUGGGAACAAUUCCAAGCAAAGUCCAAGACAAGUGCAUCGGCACAAAAGGCUGCGUCUGAAGGAGAUAGGGAGUUGGAGGAGAAGGGACUGCUUUGCACCCUCGACAAGAAGUUAUUCAUAGAUCCAGUGACCACUCCCUGUUGUGAGAAGACGUUCUGCAAUGAAUGCAUCACGAACGCGCUCAUUGAAAGUGACUUCGUCUGUCCCGCGUGCCAGACGGAGGGAGUCCUCAUAGAUGAUCUUAAGCCGAAUGAUGAGGCUGCCACUAAGAUUCAGGAGCACCUUAAGGAGAAGGAGCAGGCCAGGAAGGAAAGAUCAAAGAGCCCCGUGACCGCGCAGUCUCCGGCUGCUGAGGAGCAAGUCAAUGGUGAAACUCUCAAACCCGAGGAAACAGACCCCUCCAAGAACCCCGAGUCAGAAACGGAGAAGACGACGGACGGCAAAAAGUCACCAACGCCGGAACCCGUUUCCGCCAACUCGCCAACGGCCGUUAAGCCAUCGACAUCUCCAUCCGCAACACCUCAACCUGCCACUAACGGCGAAGGUGCCAAGAAACCAGACGAGCUCGUCUCAAAGAAGAGACCUGCCGAAGAGCCACUUGAGAAUGAGCCAAAGAUCCCCAAGGGUCCAAAGGCCAUGCGCCAACAGGAAGAGCAACAGCGCCAGCAGCAAAAUAUGAUGGCGCAGAUGAUGGGAAUGGGCAACAUGCCCAUGAAUAACAUGAUGUUUCCCAACUUUCCGAACAUGGGUAUGCCCAAUAUGCCAAUGGGCAUGGGUAUGCCAAAUAUGCCCAUGAUGCCGAUGGGCAUGAUGAACCCCAUGAUGGGUAUGGGGGGUUUCAACCAGAACGGUGGAUUCCCCAACAUGAAUGGCGGCUUCAACAACUUCAAUGGCGGCGGUAUGAACAACAUGAAUGGCAUGGGCGGCAACAACAUGAACCGAGGCGGAUUUCAGCAGGGCGGCGGUUUCAACCGAAACAACUUUAACCAGCCCAACGGCGACAAUGAUGCCUACUUUCGCCAACCCGUCAAUCCCAACCGUCACCAGAACAGGCGCAUGAGAAAUCGGCCGUCUGAUUACAGAGAGCUGUGA